UUCUCUAUAAGCCCAGUUUUGCAGUGUGGUGUUUGUGCCUCUCCAUCUCCAAGCAGGGGGAAGCAGAGUCAGGGUCACCCCUGCACCCACACGAGGCAUUUUGGGCAGCGUGAGAGAAAGUGGCUCAGACAACCAUUUGUUCCAGCUGCAUCUCUCUAAAUAUGCUUCCCAUUACCCCUAAUCUUGUUACUUAAAUUACCAAAGCCAUUAGGGCUCUGCAGUCAAAGGAAACAAAAAAAAAUCUAUGCAAUUAUCAGUCCUCAAAUUGAGUUAAAAUCUUGUAAUAAAUUACAGCAAAGGCCACUUUCUCCAGUGACUCUCAGAGGCACAUUUGACUCCCUGCUUCAGGGCAGAAACUCAAUUAAAAACAAAAACUUAUUUCAUUUUCAUUGCCGGGCUAAUGAAACCUCUGUCGCUUGCAGCAUCUCUCUGUGUAUGUCCAGUGUCUGGGCUCUGUGAGUGGUUCUUGCUCCCUGCUGAUGUCUAUUUUGCACAUAUGUAUUUGUUAUAUAAAUAUAUAUAUUAUUAUAUGGUGUAUUUAACUGCAGCAGCUGAUGGUGGCAAACAUAAAAAUGGGCAAAAAUAAUGUAUUUCUCUCUGUCCAUCCACUUAACAAGGGGCAGGGUGGAUGCAAAGCUGUGGUCAUCACUGCUGCUCCACCCUCCUACUUUUACCAGGGUGGUUUGGGGAGUAUAAAACACACCAGGAUUGGCACAGGGAAAGCCUUGGCACGGUCAGGGUGUUCCCAUGGCCCUGCUUGGUGGUGAGAUGAGGAAACAAGCAGGAAGGUGACCACUCACCAACAGUGAUAUUCUGAAACUUCUCCAACUUCUCACUUUGACUGAGAUGUCUUCUGUCAAGGUGUCAGAAACUUCUGUCAAAAACUUUUCAGUCAAAAAACUUUUCUGUCAAAACCUUCUCCAACAAACACCUUUGACAGAGGCCAUUUCUGCUCUUGCAGGGGUUGAGGAUCCUGCUGCAUCCAAAGAGCACAUGAGUCAAUCAGAUUUCCUGGAAAACAUGCAGAUUUCUACAACAAGGUCUCAGCACGUGCUCAGGCAGGGUGGAGACCGUUUAUCCACUGCUGUCAUCCUUGACCAACACCAGGAAAGGCAAAAACAAAACCAGGGAGUGCAUAUUUCCUGCCCACUUGCUCUUGCACGAGUGAAAGAGGUUCCUAAAAGCCUGAUUCGAGCAUUCAGCAGGAUGGAAACAGGGGAAGAAACUCCUCUGCCUGGAAUUUCCUGGGAUGGGUAUUUAAGCAAUUUUAGGCAUGGGACUGCAGCAGGCAGCCACUUGUCAAACACAACCUCAGCGGUGACAACGAUCACAGCCCCCUGGCUGGAUGGUGCCAACUCCAGUGAGUACCCGUACGAGUACCUGGACGAGGAGGAUUACGGGCAGUAUGGGCUCUGCACCAAGGAGGAGGUGCUCUCCUUCAGCAAAGUGUUCCUGCCUUCGUUUUACACCGUGGUCUUCCUGCUCGGGAUGGCCGGGAAUGCCCUCUUGUUCAUCGUCCUCAUUAUGUACAUCAGGAAGAGGAAGAAGAUGACUGAGGUGUAUCUGCUGAACCUGGUGGUUUCAGACUUCUUCCUGCUGCUGACCCUUCCUUUCUGGGCUCUGUACGUUUCUCAGGGGGCCACCUGGGAUGUUUUGUGCCCGGUCUUAAAUGCCAUGUACACUCUGAACUUCUACAGUGGCAUCUUUUUUGUGAGCUGCAUGAGCCUGGACAUGUAUCUGCAGAUAGUUUAUGCUUGCUCUGCUCACAGCUCCACGUCAUGGAGGAAGUCCAUCCUUGGCUUGUUGGUGGUGUGGAUCCUUUCCAUACUUCUCUCCAUUCCUGAUGGCCUCUUCACCAGCACAAGGCAAAUCCACAAUAAAACCACCAUGUGCACCCAGGAUUAUGGCCAGGACCACUUAUUUUGGAAAGUUGUCUUUCGGGUCACUCAAAACAUCCUGGGCUUCCUUUUGCCCUUCCUCUUCAUGGUGUUCUGCUACUCCCGCAUCGCCUGUGUCCUCAGCACGUCACAGCUGCCUGGCUCCAGGAGAGCUCUCUGCUUGGUCUUCACUCUGGUGGGUGUCUUCUUUGUCCUGUGGUCUCCCUACAACAUUGUCCUCAUCCUCCACUCCCUGCAGGAUGUUGGUGUGAUCAGGAGCUGUGAAAGCAGCAGGAAGCUGGACUAUGCCAUGCAGGUCACGGAGAGCUUGUCCUUUGUCCACUGCUGUCUCAACCCCUUGCUCUAUGCUUUUGUGAAGAAACGAUUCAGGUCCUACUUGUGGAAGAUCCCUCAGGCCAUCUUCAGGAGAAGUGGUUUCUUUCACAUCCAGCCCUCAGAGACAAGCCCGUCUUGCAGCAGAUACGUGGCUGAGAUAGAAAUGUUGAGUGUCACAACUGUAUCAUAAAUAUUUACAUUAUUUACACUGUGUGUGUGCCCUCUGUGCUGCAUUUGGUCCUGGCCAUGGAAUGGAGUUGGUGUGAGCCCACAACGCUUCGUAAUCAGACAGUUCAUCCAAGAACCACCCUCAAGAUGAGGAUUUUCCGUGUUGGGAUUGAGAAAGUACUCGUGGGAUUUGUUUCUCUUGAUACAAAACUGGGAGGAGCUGUUGACUCCCUGGAAGGCAGGGAGGCCCUGCAGAGAGACCUCAAAAAAUCAGAGGGCUGGGUAAUCACCAGACAUGGGAAGUUCAACAAGGGGAAGUGCUGGAUCCUCCCCCUGGAAUGGGGCAACCCUGGAUGUAUGGACAGACUGGGAAUGAAAGGCUGGAAAGCAGUGCUGGGAAAGGGACCUGGAAGUCCAGGUUGGUGGCCAGUUGGCCAUGACUCAGCAGUGCCCUGGCAGCCAGGAGGGCCAACCCUGUCCUGGGGGGCAUCAGGGAGGGAAUUGUCCCACUCUGCUCUGCCCUGGGGCGGCCUCACCUGCAAUAUUGGGGCAGUUUGGGGGCACAGCAAUAUAAGGAAGAUAUUGAGCCAUUGGAGAGUGUCCAAAGGAGGCCACGAGGAUGGGGAAGGGCCUUGAUUUGAAGCUGUGUGAGGACACUGAGAGCACUUAAUGUGUUCAGCUGGAGAAGAGGAGACUGAGGAGAGACCUCACUGCUGUUCCAACUUCCUGGGAAGGGGCAGAGGAGGGGUAGGCCCUGAGUUCUGCUCUGGGGGUACAAGGGACUGGACCCCAGGGAACGGCCUGGAGCUCUGUCAGGAUCAGGUUGGAUGUCAGGAAAAGAUCUUUGCCUCUGAGGGUGGUUGGGCACUGAACAGGCAGUGGGCACAGCACCAAGGCUGACAGAGCUCCAGGAGGGUUUGGAUGAUCCUCUCAGGCACAGGGUGUGACUCCUGGGGAUGGGCCUGUGCAGGGCUAAGAGUUGGACUCGAUGAUCCUUGUGGGUCCCUUCCAAUUCAGCAUAUUCUGUGAUUCUGUGAAACAUGCAGACGUUCUCUUCUAUAGAUUCCAAAGGGUCGGAUGGAGGAGAGCAAUCCCAUUAUCCUUCCAGUUCAUGGUGUGGGCUGUGGAAUAGCUUUUACACACUCAUCCAUCAAUCCAGAAUCCCAGGAAUAGAUUUGCCACACUCAUCCACUAGGCCAGAAACCCAGCCAGGGGAUGGCUUUGCUUCUCCUGGGUCUUACCAUCUGCCAGGUAGAUGGCAAGAGCCAGAUGGUUCAAUUGGGAUCAUCCCUUUGUCUACCAGGAGAGAUAACAGGAGGAGUUGGGCACCUUUAAGCUGAGUUGUCUGCCCAGGGACAGUUUCCUCUGUUAGGAUGAGCUGUGCCAUCCUGCUGAGCAGGAAACUCUCCCCAAGAGAUACAUCCUUGGUUAGAGAUGAGUUCAAUCAUAGACUGAUUUGAGACCAGUUUGAUCAGAACAAAGUUGAAACCACUAACAGCCAGUGAGAAGGAGAAAACAAGUGGGCUCAGCAGAACAGUGACGGAGGAAUUUGACUUCCACAGAGCCACUUUGACAAGAUAAAAAAGAUCCAUGGAUACUGUAACAUAAAUAUUGGCUUCACAACACCACAGAGUGAGAUCAUGGGCUGAACAGAGGAGCACAGGGAGCUGUUGGCCAAUCCUUAUUACCCAGUGUAGCUUUAAAGCUCAAGAUUAUGAGUUUGCUGACUUUUAUUUAAAUAUAUUGUUCACCCUAGAUGCUCCUGAACCUUAAAUGGUCCCUUUCCAGCCUGAAAAUCUAUUAAGCAUUAGACUU